AGACGCAAGACGCAGCGCGCUUCAGUCCGAUCACAAAAGUGAAAAUAGCAAAUAAACAAAAAAACAGCAACAACAACAACAACAACAUUUAAAUAUCGCGAGAGAAAUACAAAACCGAAACUGUUUAAAAAGUCCGCGUGCCACCUAAAAUGUAAAUACAUUUGCUCAUCUGAUUUCUAAAAUUGAUUACAAAUACGCAGUCAACGCCAAAAUUGUGUUAAUUUAAAACUGGAAUUUGAUUAAAGCAGCAACAUGGCCAAGGAUUUGAGCACUCUCGGCUGGGAUUACUUCAUGUUUGUUGCAUUUAUAGCGCUUACCGUCCUGGGACCACUCUGGACGCGCAUUUUUGGCAAGACGAAGCAGCGCAGCAAGGCGGAUUAUGUGUUCGCCACGGGCGGCGUGUCCCUGGUGGCCGUCAUGAUAUCCAUAGCACGCGGCACACUCGGCGUGCGAUCGGUCUUGGGGUAUCCCAGUGAACUGUACUACCGCGGCUCGGCCAUGUGGGAGAUAAUAUACGGCAUGAUGAGUGCCUAUCCCAUUGUAUGCUUUAUGUUUGUGCCCGUCUACUUCAACCUGGGCAUCACCUCCGUCUAUCAGUAUAUUGAUCUAAGAUUCAAGAGUCGCACCGUACGAUGCCUCGCCUCCGCGACGUAUAUUGUGCGACAAAUCUGUAAUCUGGGCAUCACAGUAUAUACGCCCAGCGUGGCGCUAUCCGCAGUCAUUGGCAUACCCUACUGGGCAUCCAUAGUUGGCAUGUCGGUCAUCUGCAUAUUCUUCACCAUUAUGGGCGGCCUGAAAGCAGCCAUCAAUGCGGACGUCAUACAGACGAUAACCAUUCUGGUGGUAACCGUUGCGGUCUGCAUUCAGGGCACCAUCUCCAGCGGCGGACCCAAGAAGGUUUACCAGCUGAACCGUGAGAAUGGCCGCUUAAACUUCUGGAACUUUACCGGCGACCUAACCGUGCGCGUUGAUACCACCUCCGCCUGGCUGGGACAGCUGUUUAUGUCGCUUUCACAGAUUGGUUGCCAGCAGAACUUUAUGCAGCGCUAUGUCAGCCUCAAGUCGCUGAAGGAGGUGCGAAGGGUCAUGCUGAGCAACGUGCCCAUAGUUUUUAUAUUCUUCGCGCUCUCGUGGCUUUCGGGCAUGGUGAUCUACUCCACGUACAUUAACUGCGAUCCCUAUGCCGAGGGUUACAUUAGGAAGCCAGAUGAGAUUUUGCCCUUCUUUGUAGAGGAUCAGCUGGGUUUCCUGCCUGGCUUUGUGGGUAUCUUUAUGGCCACGCUGUUCAAUGGCGCACUCUGCAUGAUGGUCUCGAACCUUAAUUCUUUGGCCACCGUCUGCUGGGAGGAUUUCGUAUCACAGCUGCCAAAAUUCAAGGGACUCAGCGACAAGCAACAGUUGAGGAUUAUUAAAAUUGUGACAAUUGUUUGCGGUCUCAUUAUAAUGUGCGUUGCCUUCGGAGUGGGCCUGCUCUCUGGCGUUAUCGAGUCCUCGCUGUUGGUUUUCUCGGCAACAUCGGGACCGCUGCUCGGUUGCUUCAUUUUGGCCAUGAUGGUGCCCGUGGCCAACUGGAAGGGCACAUCCGCUGGCAUGAUAACGGCAUGCGCCUUUGUGCUUUGGAUAAUUAGCGGAAGCAUGACCAUUGACAAGCCCUCCAACAUGCUGCCCACUUCCACAGAGGGCUGCUCAAACUCAACCUUCUCACGAUCCAUUGGCAAGCCCAGCAGCGGAAUUGAUGAGCUGCCUUGGCUGUUAAAGCAUACACCAAUCGAUGGCUACAAUCAAACCUUCACAGAUCCAACGCCCAGAAUUGCUCACGAUCGGACUGCUUUGGAGUCGUUCUAUUCCAUCAGCUUUAUGUACUACAGUUUAAUUGGAACAGCAUUGACGGUUCUCAUUGGCACACUCAUCAGCUGCCUGACCCAGCACUCGGAUGACGAGUACGAUGCCAAACUGCUUCAUCCGAUCAUUUUCCGAUGCUACGAGCGCCUGAACGUGCCCAAGCCGUACUACAUUAAGCAUGAGGAGGAAUCUGGUCUGAAUAGACGCAGCAGCAGCAAUUCCUCGGCGACCACCACGGGCAAGGAAGAGAAGAUCAACCAAGCUUUUGAUGCCAAUGAGAUGCUUGAGAAGGCGAAGACCAAUCCCAUAGCUGUGGUCUUUACAAACUCCUCCAAUGAUGAACGACAGAAUUCCAUUUGCGAUGCGAGCAGAACCCAACUGGAGACAGUGCCGUCGGGCGAAACGGGUAUCUAUCGACAGCUCGGCUCAAAGACGACUUUCUAAGAUGUACUGAAACCCUCCGCAAAUAAUACAUAUAUGUAAAUGAAAACGUAGUCUAUAGUUAGUCUAUAGUUCGUAAGCUAAGCCAUCGUGUAAUCUAAUUAAUGAGGGGAGUUACUCAUACACCUUCUGUGUAUCAAGUCGAUAAAGAUGCUGUGAUCAUUGUACAAGAGUAUACUUGCGCAUACUGUAAUAUUUUUGAGAGAUAUUUUGUGAUGCGUAGUGUAGAAAACCAAUUUUAUGUGUAUGUACUUAUGUAUGUGUAGUAAGCAAAUGUAAUAACAGAAUUUUAAACUAAAUAUAAUUUUGUGCAAUAAAUAAGAGAAAUGUAUUUUAUUAAAAGUCAAUUGCAAAUAUAUAAUUCCUAAAACUUGCGAUA